AUGGACAAAGAUAAUAGUGCAUCCACGCAGGGAUAUGCAGCGGCGGUACAGCACCCAUUGAACCUAGAUAAUGGGAAGACUAAGCCGAAAGUAAAAUCUGGCCCUCAGGAGAAAAAUAAGGGAGCUUCGGGCAAACCUAAUCCACCCGCAAAAGUAAACAUGGGUGUGUUUAAUGCAAAAGUAAACACACCCAUCUCUUCUUUAGCGCCAGUUUCAACUUUAGUCUCUGAUUCCAACACUUCGAUUUUGAGUGUAAGCCGUGAAACAACUGUUGCUCCCCCGGAUGGCGUGGAGCAAAAAGAACCGGAAGAAUGGAUACAGGAAUUGGCUGAUGAUAGUGAUAUAACAUCCCAAGAUAAUUAUUAUAAUAGAAUCGAAGGAGUUAAACCAUUAUCACCCUCAAUAGAUAUUUCGUCAUCUUCUAUUAAAGAAAAUUCUCUCAAUUUGAAGAAUUUACCACAAAACGCAGAAAUUCCAUUAUCUUCAUCUGUUACAAAUACUGAUUCACUGAUGUUAUAUGUAAUGUUACGGAUACAAACCAUUUUGAUACAGCUGAAGCCACUAAGUCUCAACCUUUGCUAA